AUGGCUACAAAGGACCUCUUUCAACUGCUGAGGAGUGAAGAUCCCUCCUUGAGAACCAAGAGAAGAGAUAAUGGUUACGAAUGUAAGGAAUGUGGGAAAGCAUUUAGUAAUCUUUCAGACCUCUCUAGAUAUGAAAGAAUUCACAGAGGACAGAUGGCCUAUGAAUGUAAGGAAUGUGGGAAGCCAGUUAGUUGUUCCUAUACCCUCUCUGUACAUAAAAGAAUUGACAAUGGAGAACGGUCCUAUGAAUGUACAGAAUGUGGUAAAGCAUUUAGGAACUGCUCAGACCUCAAUGUACAUAAAAGAGUUCAUAGUGGUGAGAGGCCCUAUGAAUGUAAGGAAUGUGGAAAAGCAUUUAGUGAGCUUUCAGUCCUCUCUAGACAUGAAAGAAUUCACAGAGGAAAGAUGCCCUAUGAAUGUAAGGAAUGUGGGAAGGCAUUUCGUCGGUUCUCAACCUUCUCAACACAUAAAGGAAUUCAUAGUGGAGAGAGGCCCUAUGAAUGUCAGGAAUGUGGGAAAGCAUUUAGUCAUCCCUCACACCUCUCUGCACAUAAACGAAUUCACACUGGAGAGAGGCCCUAUGAAUGUAAAGAAUGUGGGAAAGUAUUUCGUUACCCCUCAGACCUCUCUGUACAUAAAAGAGUUCACAGUGGAGAGAGGCCCUAUGAAUGUAAGGAAUGUGGAAAAACAUUUAUUCAGUCCUCAAACCUCUCUGUACAUAAAAGAGUUCACAGUGGAGAGAUGCCCUAUGAAUGUAAGGAAUGUGGGAAAGUAUUUCGUCAGGCCUCAAACCUCUCUAUACAUAAAAGAGUUCACAGUGGAGAGAGGCCCUAUGAAUGUAAGGAAUGUGGGAAAGUAUUUAGUCAGAACUCAAAACUCUCUUUACAUAAACGAAUUCACAGUGGAGAGAGGCCCUGUGAAUGUAAAGAAUGUGGUAAAGUAUUUCGUUACCCCUCAGACCUCUCUGUACAUAAAAGAGUUCACAGUGGAGAGAGGCCCUAUCAAUGUAAGGAAUGUGGAAAAACAUUUAUUCAGUCCUCAAACCUCUCUGUACAUAAAAGAGUUCACAGUGGAGAGAGGCCCUAUGAAUGUAAGGAAUGUGGGAAAGUAUUUCGUCAGGCCUCAAACCUCUCUGUACAUAAAAGAGUUCACAGUGGAGAGAGGCCCUAUGAAUGUAAGGAAUGUGGGAAAGUAUUUAGUCAGCACUCACAACUCUCUUUACAUAAACGAAUUCACAGUGGAGAGAGGCCCUGUGAAUGUAAAGAAUGUGGGAAAGUAUUUCGUUACCCCUCAGACCUCUCUGUACAUAAAAGAGUUCACAGUAGAGAGAGGCCCUGUGAAUGUAAGGAAUGUGGAAAAACAUUUAUUCAGUCCUCAAACCUCUCUAUACAUAAAAGAGUUCACAGUGGAGGGAGGCCCUAUGAAUGUAAGGAAUGUGGGAAAGCAUUUAGUUGUUCUUCUACCCUGUCUGUACAUGAAAGAAUUCACAAUGGAGAGAGCCCAUAUGAAUGUAAAGAAUUUGGUAAAGCAUUUAGGAAGCUCUCAGAUCUCUGUAUAUAA